AAAGAAAGAACAGAUGGAGAAAGUCAAGUCUUCGGUGAAUGCUUCUAAGAGCUUUUUGUGAUAACUAGCCCAGCCUUGCUUUUGAGAUUCAAAAGUACAGUUUGUCAUCAUGGUGUCUCGGCUUUGUGUGUUUUGUCUGGCGGCAGUGCUGGCACUGCUAAGCCGGUUGGCGGAGGCUGUGGGGCCGGUGGUCCGGUGCGAACCGUGCGAUGCCCUUGAGCUACAGCAGUGUAAGCCUCUGCCGACUGAGUGUGCCGAGAAGGUCCGGGAGCCAGGUUGUGGUUGUUGCUUGACGUGCGCACUUACCGAGGGUAAGCCUUGCGGGGUUUACACAGAAAGAUGCGGCUCCCGGCUGACUUGUCAACACCAACCGGGUGAGACAAAAAUCCUGCAAGCUCUGCUGGAGGGCAGAGGGGUAUGCUCCAGCGAAACGUCAAGUAAACUCCGUGACAUGUUGAUGGAGACUCACAGUUCAGGGAAUGCUAGUGAUUCAGAAGAGAGGAAUACCAGUAGCACAGACCUCCAAGGUGUCCACAGCACACACAGGUUGACAGAAUCAAAAGCACUUGCCCAUCCCACCAAAAUAGACUUAAUCAGGAAAGAUCUGACCAAAAAAAACCAAAGGUGGAAAGUGGAAAAUCCAUCAGAACCAAUCACACAUAUGGACACGCAUAACUUUUCUUCAGAAUCCAAACAGGAAACAGAAUAUGGGCCAUGUCGCAUAGAAAUGGAAACCAUACUAAACAACCUAAAAAUUCUGAACAUCUUGAGUCCAAGAGGUGUCCGCAUUCCAAACUGCGACAAAAAAGGCUUCUACAAGAAAAAGCAGUGCCGUCCAUCCAAAGGCAGGAAAAGAGGCUACUGCUGGUGUGUGGACAAAUAUGGCCACACAUUGCCUGGCUAUGAUGGAAAAGGAAAAGGGGAGGCACACUGUUAUAAUUUGGAGAACAAGUGAAGGAGAACAUGCAGCUCCUAAGGACUCUCUAAGUAUGUGCGUCAGACUGACUCAUCUGAGACCUUUGGAGGGCUGCCUGCAAGGGUUGCCUUGCCAAGCGAGAGCUGUGAAUACUGCCACCUGGCUUUGGUGGGGAAUGCAGGAGGUUUCUGAAGACUGGAAACUGCAGCUAGGCCCUGCCAUUUAUUUCUUUCAGCUUUCUAUAUUGUGUAUAGGGAGCUUUAAAUUCCCAAUAAUACUAGAAAACAUAUCUGCACUAUUGUUCCUUAGAGAAAAAAGGACACUUCAGAAAGGGAUCAGGCAAUUUCCACUGACUUUUUUAAAAGAACUGCCUGUGACCAAUUGGAUCCUGAAAGACUGUCUUUAAAUGUAAAGAUUUAUAUUAUAUUAUAUUACAUAUAAAUAUAUAUUUUAAGCUCGUAAAAAU